AGGUUUUGUUCACCAUGUUGGAUAAACUGAUUAUCUUGUUUGUCUUGUGACCAAUAUUUUUAUGAUGUCAGUGACAACUGAGCGUCGUGGGCCAAAGUGUAACAUCAGAGCUUAGACCGGGUGGCUUCCACUUCCCCUGCAGGCUGCAGGCUCACUGACGCCAACACGAACGAAAGGAUAGGACACUGUUUUGAUUUGGCGACAACGAUUAGCGAGCUCCUAUCUGUCAGGUUGAAUACUACUGCUUUCUUUCUAGUUCCUGGCAGCAGCACAAUUAAUCGCGCAUUUUAAGGAUUGAACUUUCCCUUUUUUGCAUUGCUGUUUCGUCUCCCUGGGUUGUGGCUUUUGAGCCUUGAGAGGACAGUGGAGAGCAUUCUAAACACAGGACUGUCGAUGGGGGAAGUAAGUUGCCUGCCGGCCGUCUGCGAGGAUUUCUCUUUUUAUGUUUUGAGUCAUGGUCGAAGCUUCGUCAUGCUGUUAGAGUGAUGGGGAUUUCUCAGCACGCGCGCGGCUCGUUGGAUUGCUGUAAUAAUAUGUGAGUGGAGUUGAUGGCCGAGGCCUGGGCCUGCCUGCCUGCCUGCCUGCCUGCCUGCGCUGUUGUAUUGUGGCCUGGUUGGGAUACACCUCCUCUGCACCGGAUCAGCACCGUUAAUUACGGCUCCAAGAUUUCACCUAUUUACAAAGUAGCUGCAUUGCCUGCGCAUACAUGUGAGGGAGGAUUCAGUUUGGAAUAAUACAUGCAACUUCCAAUCCCCGUGGAGCCCCGGUGGUGGGAAGAGCAACGGCGCUGGAACAGAGCGUGUGACAAACUUGGACACUUUUAAAAGAUGAAUGCACUGCUUCCAGUGUGAGAUGCUUUAGAUCACGCUGUUUUAGUAAGACGGGGAAGGUGAAUUUCAUCAGGAGGGAGAGGGUUACCAUCUCUGUCAUGAGGGACAUCUAGGUCCACCGACUUUUUUUAUUGAGGGGGGUGCGGGUUAUUUUCUAUUCACUGUUUUAGAUUUAUUGUUGGUAGAGACGCUAUCAGGGCUGCACAGAUUUGUAGACUUGUGUGGUCUUUGCUAUAUUAUACAUGCUCAUGAUAUAAUAUUCUGAUUUCCGUAAUUAGCCCCAGGCUACCAUAGCCUAAUAGUGUGCAAGCAAGAAAAUUAAUUUAAGAGGAAGUGGGUCAGAUCCUAUUUGGCAUUAUGAUAGGAGACUCACCAGGGUGGUUUCUCUCCACACAUACCCGAAGUAGGUGUUGUUUGCUAAUUUAAACCCCAAAUCUGUUUUUUUAUGCUUUCUGUAAGUUUUAUUAGUCAUAGUGUUGCAGCCUGGUAGUCCUUAUCUUCAGUUUUAGAAUCCGAUUAGGAGAGGAGGUGUUUCAGCAUCAUUGAAUGGCUCUUUGCGGCACAACAGCUACAAAUGUUACGAAAAUGAUGGCUGCUUACAAUGGUGGCUCCUCAGCAGUGGCUGCCCAUCACCCGCAUCACCACCACCAGCUCCAGCACCUUCCGCCACCUCACAUGCACCACCACCACCACCACGCAGGCCAGCAUCACUUGCAGCACCCAGGCUCUGCCGCUGCUGUGCACACGGUCCAGCAACACACCACUACGGCUGCUGCUGCUGCGGUGAUGCUCAACCCCAGCCAGCAGCAGCCCUACUUCCCCUCUCCCGCCCCUGGACAAGCCCCUGGGCCAGCGGCGGCCGCGGCUCCUGCCCAGGUUCAAGCUGCCGCUGCUGUCAAAGCUCAUCACCACCACCAUCAACAGCAACAUACACACCAUCUACAACAGCAGCUAGAUAUAGAGCCUGACAGGCCCAUCGGCUAUGGAGCGUUUGGGGUUGUCUGGUCAGUGACAGACCCCAGAGAUGGAAAGCGAGUCGCUCUCAAAAAGAUGCCCAAUGUCUUCCAAAACCUUGUUUCUUGCAAGAGGGUAUUUCGGGAGCUGAAAAUGCUGUGUUUCUUCAAACAUGAAAACGUGCUCUCUGCUCUGGACAUACUACAACCUCCACACAUCGACUACUUUGAAGAAAUCUAUGUGGUGACUGAACUGAUGCAAAGCGACCUCCAUAAGAUCAUCGUAUCACCGCAGCCUCUGAGCUCAGACCACGCCAAAGUCUUUCUUUAUCAAAUUUUACGAGGUCUCAAAUAUCUUCAUUCUGCUGGCAUUCUACACAGAGACAUCAAGCCUGGCAAUCUCCUGGUCAACAGCAACUGUGUGCUCAAGAUAUGUGAUUUUGGUCUGGCUCGAGUGGAGGAGUCAGACGAAGCACGGCACAUGACUCAGGAGGUAGUGACACAGUACUACAGAGCUCCUGAGAUCCUCAUGGGGAGCCGCCACUACUCCAAUUCCAUUGAUAUCUGGUCUGUAGGCUGCAUCUUUGCUGAACUGCUGGGGCGACGCAUCCUCUUCCAAGCCCAAAGUCCUAUUCAGCAGCUGGAUUUAAUCACUGACCUGUUGGGGACUCCGUCUAUGGAGGCCAUGAGGACAGCAUGUGAAGGUGCUCGUGCACACAUUCUCAGAGGACCUCACAAACAGCCAUCCCUUCCUGUUUUGUACACACUGUCUAGCCAAGCAACCCAUGAAGCUGUCCACCUGCUCUGCAGGAUGCUGGUGUUUGAUCCGUCAAAGAGGAUCUCGGCAAAGGAUGCCCUGGCUCAUCCUUACCUGGAUGAGGGUAGACUGCGCUACCAUACAUGCAUGUGCAAAUGCUGCUACACCACAUCCUCUGGCCGUGUUUACACCAGUGACUUUGAACCUGUCACUAAUCCCAAGUUUGACGAUGGUUUUGAGAAGAACCUGAGCUCUGUGAGACAGGUCAAAGAGCUCAUCCAUCAGUUCAUUUUGGAACAGCAAAAAGGGAGUCGCGUGCCACUCUGCAUUAACCCUCAAUCAGCUGCUUUCAAAAGCUUUAUCAGUUCCACAGUGGCUCAGCCCUCUGAAAUGCCCCCCUCUCCACUGGUGUGGGAAUAACUGAUGAGCUGCUAAACUGGGAACAAGAACGUGUCUCAUCACCUGUCAUCUGCGUAGCAUUUCACUGGAGUGCAGGACUCACAGGUCUGCUGUGUUUAUGCUGAAAUAAGAAACAAAUGAAGAGAAAUCCACUGAUAAUUACUCUGUGUGUGUAUUAGAGGGGUUUGGUGUACAAACAAACGAGAAAUGCUCUGUAGACCAAAUCGGAAUGUUUUUAAAAGCCCAUCUGGUCACUUCCAGGUAGUAGAUUUAAUAGUUAUUGCAUCUUAAUAAGAUAUUUUUUGUUUUGGGAUAUAUAUGUAUCCCUAAAGAUGUCUAUUUUAGCAUUUUCCUAAUUACAAAUUGGUUAAUUUUCCACACUGUCAGGCUACUCUCCAUUAUGACACUCACCUUUACCUCUGCACAGGUAAAUGAAAUCUGACAUAGCUUCUUAUUCAGAUAAUCGAUUGUAAUUGUAUCGUUAGGGUCAGUGUUUUUUCCAAAUGAAAUCUCCCUAUGUAGAACAUGGCUCCAGCACAUUGAUAUUUUAACUAAUUAAAAAUAUUCUAUCUAUCCCUAUCCUUCAUGUUACCUUGCACAUUUGGCCAUAGUGCCUAUAGACACACACACACACACACACACACACACAGUAGUACUGUGCCAUCAGUCUUCGGCCACCAUUAGAUUUGUUGUUUUUGUUGCAAAAUUUUAAUAAUCAUCCAUGUUCUUUCACAGGAAAUAUGUGAAUUAUAUACAUAAAAUUUAAAAAUACAAUUUUCAGAACAACAUGGCUUCUACAGACAAAAGCUGGUAUUUAGCGUGACCUCCCUUGGCACUGAGCACAUCCUGAACUCUUUUGGAGAGACUGUCAUGAAGUUUUCGAAAGUAAUCUUCAUCUAUGCCCAGGCUUCUUUCAGCAUUUCCUAGAGUUCUUCUUUAGUUUUUGUUGGUCUUUUAUUUCUUUCUCUGUCCAGGUGAUCCUAUACUGCCUCUGUAAUAUUCAGGUCUGGAAUCCACUUAUGAUUUCACUGCACUGGCAGUGUGCUUGGGAUUGUUAUCAUGCUGAAAAAUAAAACCAUUCCCAAUCAGGUGCUUUCCAGAAGGAAUGGCAUGAUGAAUUAAAACUUCUCUGUACUUUUAAGCAUCCAUGAUCCCAUCAAUUGGGACAGUAUUGCCAGCAUCACUGGCAGAAAUGCAGCCCCAAACCAGGAUAGAUCCUCCACCAUGUUUCACUGAUGGCUGCAAGCACUCAUUCUUCUAUAUCUCUCCAGCUCACAUAUCGUCAACGAUUGAAUCAAAACAAAAAAAAAAAAAAAAAAUCAAUUUGGAUUCAA